UGGUGGUUUGCAAGGUGGUUUGCGUCGGUAUAGCGUCUGCGUUGCAUUGGUUUUAUUAUAAUUUGUUUAUUGUUUUACUUUAUCACUAACCCAUUGAGUAAUUUAACACACUAGUCAUCAUGUCAACAGACGAGAACGCGGAAAUUGACUGGGGAAAUGAGAGGUUAAGUCGUGCUCAAAGAGCUGUAGAGGCGAAUACAUAUGAUGUGGAUUCCUGGUCUUUACUCAUACGGGAGGCUCAAACCCGGCCUAUCAAUGAAGUUCGUACUAUGUAUGAAAAACUCAUUACUGCAUUUCCAACUACAGGCCGGUUUUGGAAGAUCUAUAUUGAACAGGAGAUGAAGGCAAGAAAUUUCGAAAAAGUCGAAAAGCUUUUCCAAAGGUGCUUGAUGAAAAUUCUUAACAUAGAACUAUGGAGGCUGUACCUCAACUACGUGAAGGAGACAAAGUGCAUGUUGCCGACGUACAAAGAAAAAAUGGCUCAAGCAUACGACUUUGCCUUGGAAAAAAUCGGGCUCGACAUCCACGCGUACCCCAUUUGGAACGACUAUGUGACGUUUUUGAAGUCGGUAGACGCCGUGGGAUCGUAUGCUGAGAAUCAGAAAAUAUCUGCUGUGAGAAAGGUGUAUCAAAGGGCGGUGAUCACACCGAUUAUUGGUAUCGAAACACUAUGGAAGGACUAUAUCGCAUUCGAACAAGGAAUUAAUACUAUUAUCGCGGAACGAAUGGCCAUGGAACGUUCCAGAGAGUAUAUGAACGCACGUCGAGUUGCCAAAGAGCUAGAGACUGUCACACGAGGUUUGAAUCGAAAUAUGCCGGCUACGCCCCCUACCGCAGAUAGAGAGGAGAUGAAACAGGUGGAACUAUGGAAAAAGUACAUAUCCUGGGAGAGAUCGAACCCGCUACGUUCGGAGGACACAGCGCUAGUUGCCCGUCGUGUUAUGUUCGCGAUAGAACAAUGUCUCCUGUGCCUGGCCCACCACCCGGACGUGUGGCAUCAGGCCGCACAGUUCCUGGACCAUUCCGCCAAGCUGCUGCAGGAGAAGGGGGAUUCAAACGCAGCGAAACUAUUCUCUGAAGAAGCGGCCGCAGUAUAUGAACGGGCAACGAGCGGACCGUUAAAACAAUCUACAUUGUUGCAUUUUGCACACGCGGACUAUGAAGAGAGUCGAUUACAUUAUAAUAAGGUGCACCAAGUAUACACCCGCUAUCUGGACAUGGCGGACAUCGAACCCACACUAGCGUAUGUUCAAUACAUGAAGUUUGCUCGACGAGCCGAAGGGAUAAAGUCCGCUAGAACCGUGUUUAAACGGGCUAGAGAGGAUCCUAGAUCUCGAUACCACGUAUUCGUAGCAGCGGCUCUAAUGGAAUAUUAUUGUUCUAAGGAUAAAAAUAUUGCGUUUAGAAUUUUCGAAUUGGGCCUUAAGAAGUUCUCACACAUUCCCGAAUAUGUGCUCUGUUAUAUUGAUUAUUUGUCGCAUCUUAAUGAGGACAACAACACGCGUGUCCUUUUCGAGCGGGUUUUAUCAUCUGGUAGCUUGAAACCGGAAAGCUCGGUGGACAUUUGGAAUCGAUUCUUGGAGUUUGAGUCAAAUAUUGGAGAUUUGAUCAGUAUUGUGAAAGUUGAGAAGCGGAGACAGGCUGUGCUUGAAAAGAUUAAAGAAUUCGAAGGCAAAGAAACAGCGCAACUGGUCGACAGAUACAAGUUUUUAGAUCUCUACCCUUGUACAAUUGCUGAGCUGAAAUCGAUUGGAUAUACUGAGGUAGCAGCGAUGUCAAAUAAAUCUUGGGCUCUGGGCGGAGCCUUAGCGGGUAUAUCGCCUGAACUAGCCGCUGUUAUAUUAGGACAAAAAGAUAAUGAUCCAAAUAAAGACAUAGCUCGUCCAGACACGAGUCAAAUGAUCCCGUACAAGCCGAAAUCGAACCCGCUACCCGGAGAGCAUCCGAUACCUGGUGGUUCGUUCCCGAUGCCCCCGCCGUGUGCAUUGCUGUGUACUAUGAUGCCGCCGCCCAGUUCGUUCCGCGGGCCAUUCGUAGCCGUGGAUAGACUUAUUGCGUUGUUCAAUAGAAUCUCGCUGCCGGAUAAACCACCUUUACCAACGGAGGGCGGUGAUAGCAAGCUCUUCGAUCUCGCCCGCUCUGUGCAUUGGAUAAUGGAUGACGACGGUGUCACCACUGUUACUAAUAAGGCUCGUCGCCGAAAAGCAGGUGACGAUUCGGAUGACGACGAUCUUGGAGUAGCUCCGCCUGUUAACGACAUUUAUAGACAGAGACAACAAAAACGCGUUAAAUAGAGACGGAUGUAUGGGGCUAGUGUGGGGUGUGAAAGAGACGGAAUAUACUACAUAUUUUGUUAAAACAAUGUUGGAAAGGGAUAGUAAUAUUGCAUGGUCUGGUGUGUGAAAGAGAUGGAAUGACGGAAUAAAUUGUUUAGUGUGUAUUUUCAUCAGAUUUUUUUUUAAAGCGGAUUUUUUAUCAGAAU